AUUUGGUUGGGUUUUUUUCACUGGAGGACCACAAAACUGCAGGCAGGUCCCUGUUGUUUUAGGAUCAGUACCUAACUGGUAAGAACUCUCAGAGAACUAAUGAUAUGAGCAUUUAUGUCACUAAUUUUUUAGGGCAUAAAGAAAAAAAAAGCAGAGUAAGAAGGGUGUCAGAUAGACACAGACUGUGAUUACUCACAUGUGACUGUAGAGUUUGUGUGGAGCUGAAGCCCCAGGCCAGUACCUGUUCAUCCUAUAGAUACCGGUCAGGUGUAUGCUUUCAAGUUACUGAAGCAAUUUUUGUUUAACUGUUACUUACAAUGGCUCAUUAGUGGGUUAUUCCACUGGGUAGCUUAUUCUGUUGUUGCUGUUAUGGCAUAAUUGGGUCUUUCAGAGGACUUGGGGUCAGUAAGAACAUGAUGUCCAUGUACAGGUUUGGGAGAACACUUUGGUUCUAUGACAUUUUGCAUUUUCAGUGCAAAAGACGCUCUCUAAAAAGGAGAGCUACUUGCUGAUUCUUCAUUUCUGAGGGGGACAAGCUAAGCUGGGAGUGAGGAACUGAUAAUUUCUGAAUUCACUUCUGUUGACGAUGCUUUUUCUUUCUUUGUAUUAAAAUUUAUAGUGCAAGUGUGGUUUUGUGCCUCUUAAACUAGCAGCUGUGGUGAAUGUACCAAACUCUCGUGGCUGUGAAGAUCUGUCUCAUUAUAUAAGAGGCUGUAACAGAGAAACUAACACCUUUUUGUUCUGUUUUUUGAAAUUUGGCGCAGCUCCCGGUAAUCUGGACAGCUAUUUUUGGAUUUUACUGCUUCACAAAUUCAGUUGUUCGGGGGGUUUUCUGACCUUUUACAUGUCUUCUAGAAGCUUGAAAUUACUAUGCUAAGGUUUUCCAGUUCUCAAAGGAAUGCAUUUAUUUGGAGGAAGAAGGAAGGAAAGAGAAUGCUGUUCACAUGCACCCUGGUUUUACAGUGCUUCUUUUAAAAGUACUCUUGCAGUUCCUCUGGCUCAGGAUCCCAUACUGUAACCAGAAAACCUCCAGUUACUGAUUGUCCUUGGCAAUUUGAGCUGCUGCUAUUUCCCAUAUCUCACUCUUAAGCUUAUAUUGAGUGUUUAAACACGUUCUGUGACAUGCUUAUAUUGGAGAUCAUUCAUUCCAUUAAUAGUCCAUGUGCAUAACUGCAGUGAAUGACACUGCCCUCUCCGAGUUCAGGGCUUGUACCACCCCAUGAUGCUGUUGCAGGGAAUAAAAGAAAACUGGGUUCUGGUCCUGAGCCCACUGGUUAAGAACGUUGCUGCAGAGACCUGUAUGUGAUUGCAUGGUGGGGAAAGAAUUAAACAAAAGCUGACUAGCUGUUCUACCCUCCUAAGUCGGAUUUAAAGGAUUUAAGCAAAUCUGCUGGAAUUCCUUGAUCUUACUCCUGUUCCUCACAGCUCGAGUAUUAUACUGGGUCUGGGUAUGAUUGCUGUUAACUACCUCUCUUCUUUGGGCUUUCGCUGAAGAUCUCUUAGGGAGGAAGCACUGAUUAUUUCAGCUGGUCUUAAUGAAUAGUAGUCCUGCCAGUUCAGGAGAAAUAGGUUGAGUUCUAGAGAGCCAAGAACGUUUUAGAAGAUGGUACUUCAUGUUCAGAAGGGUCAGUACAUAAUAAUCUGGAAAAAUCAAGACAGAAAGACUGUAGGAACUAUGCUUAUAUCAGUGUGAGAAGGUGACUUGUGUUAAAUAGCAGACUUGGGGAUUUACAGCUACUUCAAACUUGCCCACACAAAAGAGUUCAAGGUCUGUUUUACCUUAUCUUUAGAUAUGUUACCUAUCUAAACUGCCAUAGUUAUAUUGUUAUGAUUUCCUUCUUGGUCUUCCUCUCCACCUUGGGGAGGGCUGUGCAGCCAUGAGAAGCUUUGGAAAAUCUGAGCUCCACCUCUCUCAAGAUGUCAUAAUGGCAAGAAGGAAAUAGUUCCAAAGGAGGACCCAUCACAGAGGAGACAACUGCAAAACCUGCUGUAUCUUUGCACAGCUUGUCAUUCCUCCAGAAACUGAAUGCCAAACUUGGACUUCUGUGGCUUUUUGGUGCACCGAUCUGUGCUUCCUUUAAUAUCACUGUCUGGGAAAUCACUUUACCUAGGAAAGCCUUGCCUUGAGAGGGAAGCAACUUACAAGCUACUGUGAGAGGAAUCCAGUACAGGCUUUUGCUAGAGGUUUUAAACACUGUUAGUAUGUGUCAGAGGGCUAAAUAGAUGUGCGUCUUAUGGGAGCUCUGAAGGGGUAUCAGCAACCCCUCUACUUCUGACUAAGGAGCACGUUUCCCUGAAUGCUAGUAGAUUUUUCUGUUGCUGCCUCCAGUAUAUCCUUUCCUUGUGUUUUCACUGGAGUAAGUGUUCUAAAUUCCAACACAUUCCCAUGUUUUCAUUUUGCUUUGCCUUUUUUUGCUAGUGCUGCCUGAGAAUUACAGCGUGCUGUAGCAUCUAAGCUGUUUCCAUCCCCUGUUGCCCUGAUUGUCUGCCUCCCUCACUGCGAGGAUAUAGGAGAUUUGCUCCUAAUUAACCCAGUGUAAUUCUUGGCCAGAUCCAGCGUGUCCAGAAUACACUGUGGUACAAAUCCACUCCAGAAAGGUCUCCCUCCUGCCACUCAGUGACUCCUGUAAAAGGUCCAGCAUGUAGUGAAAUUUCCUUGCCUUUGACAAGUGGCUGAGGAUGAGGCAACACAAAACUGGCAUGUGAUGUGUCUUUGGAAAUGCUACUCAGCAGACUUGGCCAGAAGUGAGCUCAUUUCUUAAGGUGACCUUCAUGUUUCAUGCUGCAGAACACCAGGAGUUAACCCCUCUAAAAUCAGAAUAUAAAUAUAUGAAAUGCUCAGACUGAGCUGAGGACUGACACAGGGCAUGCGUAAAAAAAAUUCCAAGACUGAACAGCAUCAAAUGGACCAGUUCCUUUCCUGGGUUUAAUAAUGUUUCAAACUUUUGUGGUAGCCUCUAAUCUUAAUUCAUAUGAAGGAGCAGUAAACUUGAAAGCACUAAAAACCCCCACAGGAUUGUCCAUAGCAAUACAAUAAUGAUCAACCCUCUGGAAAGCAUCCUAGCCAAUCGAGUGAAAACGACUUUGCAGCCCAAGGUCAAGAAGACACUCGAUGGAAAAGAUCUCUGGAGGCAGUAGGCAUGGUGAGAAGAACCAAGGAGAAGAGAUGAGGAGAGAAAGGGGAAAGUGAAAUUCUGAGACGCUGCUGGGAACUUUGAUCCCGUGCAUCCCUUUCCCUGCAUAGAAAUGGAAGAGGCAUCCCGCUCCCUCUGGGGCGGAGCGGCUAGUGCCCUGCUCCCGGAGAAACCCAGCUGCAGAGCUCGGGGAGGAGGCAGCAGCUGAGCGUGAAUGUGAUGCUUGAGGAAGCUUCUGCUCACUUUGCACAGGAGGGAUGGAGGUCCCCAAAGUACUUGGGCUCCUGGUAAAGCUCUUAGGUCUGUUAUCCUGUCUCAGAUGCAUGGAGGCUUUCCUGGGAUCCCAGCCCAACCAAAACCAUUUGCAGAGUGCAGUGUCCAGCGUGUGUGGCAUUGGACCUCUCGGGUAUUACAACGGCUCACUGGCGGUCACUGAGGCUGGGGCAGAGUGCCUCAACUGGGCAGAGUUCCCUGAUUACGUUCAGCAGUACCCAGACCGUGGCUUGGGGGACCACAACCACUGCAGGAACCCGGAUGGGGGAACUACACCCUGGUGCUUCUACCGGCUUGCAUCAGGAGCCAUCGGCUGGGCUAACUGCGACUGUAAUCAAGGUGCUGUGCGGUUGGCUGAAGAUAGUAGUGUGGAGUUGUACUUCAAUGGACUCUGGGGCACCAUCUGUGCUGACCACUGGACUGACUGGGAUGCCAGUGUUGUCUGCAGGCAGCUAGGUCUCAGUGAGAUCGGCACGGCUGGGAAGAAGAGUCAUCCCAGACUGUGGCCUGUUCCGCUGCACCUGCAGUCAGCGAACUGCCACGGGGAUGAGAAAGCCCUGCUGCAGUGUGGCUAUCGGAAAGCUAUGUCAGGAGCUUGUAACCAGGGGAGUGCCAUGGUAACCUGUGUCCCUCCAGAAGGUGUAGGUGCCCCGCUGCGUUUAGUUGGGGGAAAGGAGAGCUUUGAAGGACGAGUGGAGGUUUACCAUGAUGGCAAGUGGGGUACCAUCUGUGAUGACCAGUGGGAUGACGAGGAUGCUGAAGUAGUCUGUAGGCAGCUGGGACUCAGUGGGAACCCAAAAGCCUUGUCGUGGGCUCACUAUGGGCAGGGAUCUGGCCCAAUCCUGCUGGAUGAAGUGGAGUGCUCAGGCAAUGAGCUUUCACUUGACCAGUGCAAGAAGAGUGACUGGGGACAGCAGAACUGCGACCACAUUGAAGACGCUGGGGUCUCCUGUGACCCUUUCACAGAGGGCACUGUCAGGCUGGCUGGUGGCCACAGCCCCAACGAAGGCAGGGUAGAAGUUUAUUACAACGGUGACUGGGGCACAGUAUGCGAUGAUGGCUGGACAGACCUUGGUGCACAGGUGGUCUGCAGGCAGCUGGGCUUCAGUGGCCCUGCUACCCUGGCCUCCGAAGGGGACUAUGCUGCUGGCCAAGGCUUUAUCUUACUGGAUGAUGUGGCUUGUGUGGGGACAGAGCUAUCCCUCCUGGACUGUCCCCACAGCAACUGGGGGCAGCAUGACUGCUCACAUGCUGAGGACGUGGGAGUCCGCUGUUCUCCAGAGAGCAACACAGUCAUGGAUAGCAGCCUGGGGCCUCCUGUGCGGCUGGUAGAUGGAGAGAGCACCAAGGAGGGACGGGUUGAGGUGUUCCUGAAUGGGCAGUGGGGCAGUGUCUGUGAUGAUGGCUGGACGGACAGAGAUGCUGCAGUGGUUUGCCGGCAGCUGGGAUUCAGCGGUACAGCAAAAGCCAGAGCAAUGGCUUAUUUCGGCGAAGGCCAUGGGCCUAUCCAUCUGGACAACAUAGAAUGCAGUGGCACAGAGCACGCCCUGGGGCAAUGUGUCAGGCCUGACACUGGGAUUCACAGCUGCUGGCACAGUGAGGAUGCUGGUGUGAUCUGCGACUAUGUGGAAGAGAAGGUCCAAGAUAUCAGGAGAACAGGUCCAGAGUUUGGUGUGUGUGGGAUGCGCCUGCUUCACCGUCGCAAGAAAAGGAUCAUAGGUGGAAACAAGUCUCUCAGAGGUGGUUGGCCGUGGCAGGCCUCACUCCGGUUGAAAGGUUUUCGUCAAGAUACUCGUCUGUUGUGUGGAGCAACACUGAUCAGCAGCUGCUGGGUGGUGACUGCAGCCCACUGCUUCAAAAGGUUUGGUGUUGAUGUACGGCGCUACCUGCUGCGGGUGGGUGACUACCACACAGGUGUGAAGGAUGAGUUUGAGAGGGAGCUGCCUGUGGAGCGGAUUGUCCUUCACAGGAACUACUGGGCUGGCAGCAAUGAUAAUGACAUUGCCCUGGUCCGGAUGCGGGGCAGAGAGGGGCACUGUCUCUCCUUCAAUCGCCAUGUUCUGCCUGUCUGCCUGCCCAACAGGAAAGAGAAGUCUGACAUCAACAGGCAAGCCUGCAUCAUCUCUGGCUGGGGAGACACAGGGAAGUCCUAUUCAAGAACCCUCCUGCAGGGAGUGGUGCCUCUUCUCCCACGGGAAGACUGUGAGGUCCGUUAUGGGCAGAAGUUCACUAACCGCAUGAUUUGUGCUGGAAACCUCUCUGAAGAUAAACGGGUGGACAGCUGCCAAGGUGACAGUGGAGGGCCACUCAUGUGUCAGAGGUCAAAUGGACGCUGGAUCAUUUUGGGGAUUACUUCUUGGGGUUACGGCUGUGGCCGGAAGGAUUCCCCCGGUGUGUACACAAAGGUCAGCAAAUACGUACCCUGGAUCAAGAAAGUGACCAGGCUAAAAUGAAAAUGUCUGAGCUCUAGGAGCUUCAACAUAUGGUCCUUUUUGUCCUGCAGCAGCAGAAGGCUGUGGCUUCUGGCCUGGUGACUGAUGAAGAUUUAUUUUCUCAUUGGACACUGGUAAAAGACUUUAACGUAGAACUGGGAGAAAAACAGUUGUGGCUGAUUCUUCAAAGUCUUUGUUUUCACUUUAGUCCAUAACCUCUGAGCAGAGAAAGCAGGUGCACACUGCUAAGAAUGAUGAGUCUAUGUUGCUCUGACUAUCAGAGUCCUGUAAUACAAUCACAUUUGUUCCUUUGCCCUGGCACACACAAAUGGUAGAAGUGGAGAGAUACCUGCCUCUGCAAAUCUAUUCCUGUUUUUGUAGCUUGCACAGUUGAAAAACGUUGCAAGGAGAGCUGAGAUGCUUGGAAGAUGGCACCAGGCUCUGGCAUAGUGGAAAACUUCAGAUAUUUUUUUAUAACAGCUCUCUUCAGUUCCAGGAAUUAGAAGAUUUGACCUGAGCUGAGGAACAGGCCAACAGCUGGGUUUUUUUUCCUUCCCUGUUAUGUCUCUAGGGGGAACCUUUUCUUUUCUGAAUAGUAGGUCUGCUCCCAUACAAUCCCUUUAAAGUGUCUGUCCCUACUAAGAGAUGUUUGUGCCUCAUGCUGUAAUCCUCUAUCACACAUUUCCAGCUGCCAGAUGCUUUGGUUUUAUUGCUUCUUUCUCAAUAUAGUGGUUCUUUUGUGUUUGUUUCAUUAUUUUUUUCCCUUAAAGCAGCAACUCUUAGCAUCAGUUGUUGGUGUGAGAGUAAAUCUUCAUUUUUAAGAGACAAUAGGUUUUUUUCCCUCGUGAUUACUAUGAAGAACUUAAAAAUGUGAUGUCAAAAGGCUGAAUAGACAUGUUAUUUUUCUUUAAAUCCAAGUGUAAUGUUAAUUUCAAACAUUCAGGUGUUGAAUCAUGAUUUAACAGCUCUGCAGGAAUUUUCUUUUGGUACCUUAUUCACCACAGCUAUUAGCUGCCCUUUAUUUGUGAUGUUAGUCUUUAAUAUCUCUGUGUUCACAAUUGUCCCAUGAAACACAGAAAUACUCCUGAGGCAUAGAUACACCUCAAGGAAAUUACUCACUCCUGCGUCCUAUUCUUGCAGCCUCUGGGCUAUGCUUCCUCUCUUCUCUUCUUUGCACUAUUUCUCUUUUUAUGCCUCUCAGCGGGAAUAAACUGACUUAACUUGAGGGUAUGCAGGCACUGACAUCAAGCUGUAGUUCUUAGCCUGAACAGAAAUAAUGCUUUCUCUUAAGAAAGCAGGAGUUACUGAGUACUCCUUCUCAUGCAAACAAAUGAAGAGUUUCCUCUUAGGCCUUAAGCACUUUUGUAAGUUAAUUUACUAUUCUCAAGUAAGCAGAAAAGUAUAAAAAUAGAUGGAAGGGCUAAGUGCAUUAACAGUUGUGCAGUGCACAGUGACUUCUUACUAUGUGUAGGCAAGCCAGAGAGAGGACAGGUCUGCUCAGGAGCAGGGGCAGUAAGCUUUGAUGUAUAACCAAGGACCUGAACAUGGAAUAGUAAUAGACAUACAGAACUUGUGCCAGAUGUGUGUGUUUUGGAUUUGCUUAUGCACUGUAGGGUAGGCAAUGAUGGGGUCAGGCACUGGCCUGCUGUCUAGGAGGUCUGCACUCAAGGCACCGAGGUGUUACCAAGGCAAGAACAGAAGGCAGAGCACAGCCUGUGGAUUAGCAAUGUCAUAUUACAGGGCAUGUGGUGAUGGGUUCCUUAAAAUUGCCUUGGGUUCAAUAAGUAGUGAUUACUAAAAGCUUUAAUUUGUCUCCUAGAAAACAGCUUCAUGUAAAGGUGCUGACCUGGCUAGGUAGCUGAUUUUUGUGUGUGGAUGCUAAACUGAACAGUUCCAUUUACCCUCUCCAGGGAUUAUAGGAUAGUUGGGUCAUCGGUGUCGCAAUGGACUGUUUAAAAAUCCUGCUUGAAAACUUUAUUUUAAAAAAGGAUUGUAGGAAUCUUUAAAGCAUGCAAUGUUGGAACCCCUGCGAAGUGGCCUUUGAGACAGAUCUGAUCUGUUUGUGCCUCUUCUCGAGAGGCUGAAUGUCUGCAGUGCAGCUUGUGCUGAUAAGCCUGCUGAAGUGCCAGGCUUGGUGCUUUGGCAGCGCUGUGCUUGGCUCCAUGUUGGCUCUGUUGUCCUACAGCUGCUGGCAGAGUCCCUAAGAUACAAGCUGCAGGCUGUUCCUUAUCUCCCAGGAAUUAAAAUGACAGGAGGACUGAGGGCAGUUGUGUCACAGACCUCUGGUCUUGUGGGGAAUUAAAUGAAUGCCAAGUUCCACACUGGCAGCAACAGUACCUGUCUGGGAAAUAUGGAGGGAUUUGGCUUUUAGCUUCGGCCUCCCCCAAGCCAGCAUGCUACGGCAGCUGAAACGGAGUUUCUGUGCCUUGGGUGCUGUCACAUCUCUAGUUUGACCUGGUUUGAUCUUUCAGUUUAUACCCAUAACCACAACAGGUACAGAAACACCCAAAGGACUGAAACUAUGAGGUUAUUUCCCUAAGCCUACUUAGCUCAUUCCAAUUCAGGAGUUAGAACGAAUUACCAUGUAACAUGAGUGAGACACAGGCCUGGCAUUGACUUCUGAAAUGCCCAUGUACUAGUUCAAAGUAUUUCUUUCUCCUAGGUCUUGUCACUGUGAAAGCUGUGCAAAUCCUGUAAUUAACAGCCCAUGAGUCCUACAUGAGCCAGGAGGAGGGAAGGAAAUAUCCAAUCUCCUUCACCUGCUUUUACACCCUACUGGUACUAUAGGCAAGCCUGCCAAUACUCUCCUCAAUUCUCCUGACCUGUUUUUCAGAGCACCACUGUUGCUCUUUACUGUUUAAGCUGGGACUGUGGCCCAAACCAAACUCACAUGCUUUGCCACCGAGGCUUACUGGAACUGUGUGGUUGGAUGAGCGGCACUCAGCCACCCUAGGACAGUAUUUUGUACUUAAUGUUGGCCAGCAGCAGAUGUUUUGAAGGAUAGUACAUGUGAGUUUGUACCAAACAAGUUUUAACAACCUUUCCUUUUGGGGAAUUUUGUUCUUGGCCCAUUUAAAUUAAUUACUUGCAUUACUGUUAUUAUCACAACAAAUAAAAGUACAAGUGCUUGGUCCUCAAGGUGUUGUACAAACACUAUGCACUAUCCUUUUGUGAUUCUUUUUUUUUUCUGAAGUGUGAGAGUUUAUAUCCCUAACUUUUAAAAAGCUAUUUAAUGUAAACAGUCUUCAUCUUCCAUAUAGUUGUUUAAUCCUGUAUUUAAUCCAACUAAACUCUCAGCCUCAAUAUAAUUUUGAGAACCAAUCUCAGAGAACCAAUAUAAUUUUAUUCUCUGUAGCACAUAAUUUCUUUUUAUGGCUCCUGAAUUAAUUGCCUUUUGUUUUCAUUGAAUCCCAUCUGUCCUUGUGUUCUCAGCUAUCAGAGGAAAUAAUGGGCCUGGCUUUAUAUUCUCUGUUGACCAUUACUCUAGAGGUAGUCCCUUUUCUAAAACUGGCUUCUCUGUCUCUCUUUAACCCAAACUGUCUAUGUAUCUGAUAACAUGCUGACAGUCUUGCCAUGUCUUUUUUUUCUGCUGGAUCUUUAAGCUUUGGUAAUCAGAACUGAAUGCAGUUUGCCAGGGGAGGCUAUGCCAUCUGCUGAUUAUUUUCAGUAUUAUUUUUUAUUUCCCACAGUAGGAAAUGCUGUAUGUGUGUUAUGUAUGUAUGCUGGAGCUGGCUUUAAACUCGCUAGUGUGCUCUUGGCGGCAGCCUGGCUACAACGGGAUGAAAACCAGCCAAGGUUAAGUUCCCCUCGUGUCUCAGGCAGCUGCAGCAGCCCCUGAGUGCAGAGCAGUUGCUGUGGGUAUGGCUGGGGAGCAUAACGCAGCUCUGGGCAGGGAGAACCUGACCAGCUGUGUGGGGCUUUGCCUUGGCUGACAUACUUGUAGGGCUGAUACAUUCAUCAGUCUUUGCACCAUUAGUCCGUUGGAUAAGGCUAAUGAACAUACACUAUUUUCAGGAGCCGAUUGCUCAGUCACUGUUGCUGGUAGCUGCACUGUGCUGUGUGGAUGCCAUGAGACAGCACUCCCGUAGCAGCAUGGCACACGCUGGUUAUUUGAGAAAGGGAACGUCACUAUGACUGGCUGGGAGCAUUGGCAGGAGUAGAAAUGUGGCUAUGGUAAGGGUCUAAGGAGCAGCUAUUAGUGCUCCAGGUACCCAUCUUUGAGGGGAUACCCCAGUGCUUUACAAAGGCUGACCCAGUGCUGGUGUCUUCCUGACCUGCAGUGCCUGCACUGGUACCCUUACCAGCCCUGUCUUGACACCAGUCCAGGCUUUGGCCAGCUGAAGCUGGAUUAAAGAUUUAUCCCUUUCCUGUAGCUGAGCACUGUUCUGAUGAUUUCUAUGAAUUAUAUUAUAUGCUGUAAUUAAUCAGGCAGCUGUUUAUUAACCUGGACAGGAUGUCGAUUAUCCUUGUAAUCCUUUUACGCUUGUAGCAGAGAAUAACAGAUCACUUUCUCAAAGGUGUUAGUGGAGGCAUUGGUGAGGAACCAGGACCAUGGAUAUUUGCUAUCUCAGGGGUAAGAGAGGUAGGCCUGCCUUUUGUCUGUCUUCCUUCCUUUCUGAAGCCAAUAUCCUGAAGUCUCUUCAUCCCCCAAAAAAGCUGCAGUGAUCCGUCAACCACUUGAAGACAGAUUUUUGUGUGUAUAUUCAGCAAUCAGAUGACAGCUUUUGAGACAUGAACUGUGCUGUGUGAUUUAACACCAUCUUGACAGACUUGCCGGGGAGUUUCUUGCAGCCGGGGGGAACAGAAUGGCCCCUGGUGGUAACCAGCUUGGGACCACUCCUUGUGGAAUGAGGCACUGUGACCUGCACCAAUGCAUAUCUCUUGUGCUGUAUUAUUUGUUCAGAAAAAUAUUUAAUGUCCCACCUAAAGAAAUAAAACUCACUUGUGUAGUAGUCCACUCAGUCGUCUUAAAAUCCCUUUCUGCUAACCAGGGGCUGAGCACCUCUGAAAUCAGUCAAGUGCCAAAACUGUCAUAUCCCCUGGAUCAACACCAAUGGCUCACAAGGUGUGUUAAUAAAUGGAUUAUACUGUGA